GAGUAAACGAUAACGACGAUAGCCAUUGGCUGGUUCAAAAGGAUUUUAAACAGUAACGUCUCGACUGGCGCUGCGAGCCUGCAACAGUUCAGUCUCACUGGACCUGGUUAGGAGUGGGCAGCCUGGGUGAGUUGUCGCAUUCUGGCUACCUUGCAUUAUGGAACAAAGCGACUCCAGGGAUGAUGAGGCUUCAUCCAGCUGCUAUGAGUUCGAUGCCCCGUCCCGUGUAAUUGACUUCAAAGCCUUGGAUGAUGCAGAUAACGCAGACAGCUGGUUUGAAGAGCAGGCCAGUGGAGCAGAUGCUUACCUGGCCACCCCUAUCAGACAUGAUCUGGCGUUUGGAGGAACAGACAAACCUGAUGUGCCCACAGCCGUUGUAACUCCUCAUGUCAAGAAAGAUAUGGAUGCAGGACCCAAAAACUCAUCACCACCCUCAAACAUUGUCACAUCCUGGGGUGAUGCCCAGCCAAAGAGGAAGACCUCUGCUCAGCCCACUGCCCAACCAAGCAGGGUGUUGAAGCGUAAGGAGGCAACCAGUGGUCCAGCUGCACCACCGGUCAAGAAACACAGAAGCAGUGAGUCCAUAGCUCGUGUAAGACCAUUUCAUCCACGUGGAAGGAGCAGUGCAAACCGGCCAGCCCGACGAUCCAGUGUUAACAUCCGCAGGAGUGGGCGGCGGAACUCAAGAGCUGUCCCCAAGACCCGGGAUGCAGUUGCUAGUACCAGUGCACACCAAAAUACUUCUGAGGAACAGGAACUGGAGCGCAUCAGGAAUCUCCAGAAGGAAGUGGCUGAACAUCGCAAGAGGAAUGAGGCGAGCUUCAAAGCUGCUUUGGCUGGCAGUCAGCCAACAAAGAAGUUGGCCCUGUCCACAACAGUGCCUAAAGAGUUUCACUUCAGCACAGAUGCUCGUGUCAAGACGGACACUGCUUCCAGUGCAAAUGACAAGGAAGGGGACUUUGUUGGUCAGCUCCGCAAACACGCCCCCACCACAACAAAGGCUCUGAAAGGUGCUACAGUGCCUAAGCCCUUCAACCUGUCUACAGGCAACAAGAGAAAGGUAGAGGAGUCAGCUGCCUAUGUGCCCAUGGCUCAGCAGAUUGAGCAGUUCGAGAGAAGAACCCCCACCCGCUACCAUUUACGCAGCCGUCAGAGUCAGGAGAGAGGGCCCUCACCAGUGAAAAGUGACCAUCUGAAGAUCACCCAGCCCCACACCCCUCAGCUGAUGACCCGCCAGCGGAGCCGACCCGCCACUGCUAAGAGCAGUGCUGAGCUGGAGGCUGAGGAGGUGGAAAAACUCAACCAGUUUAAAUUUAAGGCCCUGGAGUUGAAUAGAAAGAUACUGGAGAACGCAUUGAAACCAAAGAAGCCAGCUGUGAAGGAACCCACCGUACCGGAAGGCUUUAAGCUGCAGAUAGAGAAAAGACUGCAGGAGAGGCAGACCAAGAAGCCCCAGGAGGCUGAAGAGAAGCCAGGUUUCCAUGCCCAGCCGUUGCCCACAAAAAUGUUGGAAGGCGUGGUGGGGGUGCCAGAGAAGAGGGUUCUUCACCCGACUGUCCCAGAGUCCCCAGCUUUUGCUCUUAAGAAGAGGGUUCGCAUGGACCACAAGGUUGAGGAAGUAAAACAACCAUCACCAGUCAAGGCCAAACCAGUGCCUCACUUUGGCCUGCCCUUCCAGCCGCGGCUGCCAGAGAAGAACAAUGUGGAGGUCUGUCCUUUCUCUUUUGAGGAGAGGGAACGAGAAAGGAGGGCACUGAAAGAGAAGAGACUCGAAGGCAUGAGAAAUGAGGAGGCACCAAAGUUCAAGGCGCAGCCUCUGCCUGACUUUGACGCAGUGGUGCUCCCACCAAAGAAGGUGUUGGAGCCCACCAAGCCCGAGCCUUUUAGGCUGCUUAUUGAUGAAAGGGGAGCUACUAAAACUGAACGCUGGGAGCAAACGCUGAAGGAAGAGCAAAAACGACAAGAAGAAGCAGCCAUAUUCAAAGCAAGGCCCAACAAUAUUAUUCAUAAAGAGCCUUUCCAGCCCAAGAAGGAGAGCCGGCCUGCUCUGGAAGGCACUAAUUGCUCCACAGUUGCAGAGCCCUUUGAGCUGUCAACAGAGCGGCGGGCCAGGGAGUGGCAGGAGUUUGAGCGGCUGGCCAGCGAGAAGGAGGCCAUCAGGGCUCGCCUGGAAGAGGAGCAGCGACGAGAGGAGGAGGAGCGGGAGAAGGAGGAAAUAGCCAAGAUGCGUCAAGAACAGGUCCACAAGGCUCAGCCCAUCAGGCGGUAUAAACCAGUGUCGCUGAAGAAGAGUGACAUGGCGCUCACAGUUCCACAGUCCCCCAACUUCUCUGACCGCUUCCGCCUGUAAACUGCACAAAUUGUCUAUUUUAAAAUGUUAUGUCAGUUUUGUCUCUGUAUGUUUUGUUGUCCCUUUUGACAUUGUUAACUUUUUAUAGUUCUGACUUACUCCAAUUUGAAUGAUGCAGUCUCAAGGAAGAAUAUACCCAAACUGUAAAUACACCCCUUUGAAUUCCUCUGAGCUGUCAGUACAAAGGUUGACAUGUGGCUAUUACAUUGUGCUAUAUAUAGUGGUUUGUUUGUUUUGAUGGAGUGGGGGAUCAGUUGGUCAUCUUAAACAAGUUAGUAUUUGUGUUUUUAGUUACAUUAGAGGCACUAAAUGUGUAAAACCUGUGAAAAACUCUUAACAGAAACUUGACAUUUUAUACCAUUUGGAUUGGCUCAGGCUUGUCUUUUCCUGUGAUGAGCUCUCAUGGUAAAUUUUAUAUCUUGGACAGUGUCCCUCACUCCUUCCCUGACGAUGGUUCUAUUUAAUUUUUUUUUUUUUUUUUUUUUUUUGAGACAUUUUCAAUGCAAUAUUAAAGUUGUUUCUUUUCUUGUCCUGUA